AUGAAUUUCAUAUACACAGCCAACCCAUCUCGUGUGAUAUUCGGGAGCGGUACACUCUCAAAACUUCCAUCAGAACUUACUCGACAAAGCCUCAAAGCCCCUCUGAUUCUCUGCACCCCUCAGCAGACCUCUCAGGCAGAACAUGUCGCCUCCCUGAUCCCCUCAGUGGCAGGCACCUUCACAGAAGCAACUAUGCACACUCCAACCCACAUCACGCAAAAGGCGCUGUCGUACGCCCAGUCUAUCAAUUCAGACAGCAUAAUAUCCAUCGGCGGCGGCUCCACAAUCGGGCUGGGUAAAGCCCUCAGCAUCCGCACAGGUCUCCCGCAUAUAUGCAUCCCAACGACCUACGCAGGGAGCGAAAUGACUCCCAUUCUCGGAGAAACCGAGGACGGCAGAAAAACUACGCGGAGUGAUCCGAAAAUUCUGCCGGGAACUGUUAUCUACGAUGUUGAUUUGACCAUGACGUUACCUGCCGGAUUGAGUGCUACAAGCGGUGUGAAUGCUAUUGCACAUGCAGUUGAGGCCCUUUACUCCUCAACCGCGAAUCCAAUCACUAGCCUCCUAGCCCUCGAGGGCAUAAAAUCCCUCGCCCACAGCCUUCCAACAAUCACCAAGGAUCCGUCGAACGCUGAAGCCCGUUCUCAGGCCCUCUACGGUGCAUGGUUAUGCGCAUCCUGCCUGGGUACCGUCGGCAUGGCGCUCCACCACAAGCUCUGUCACACAUUGGGCGGUAGUUUUAACCUCCCUCAUGCAGAGACACAUACGAUCGUCUUACCCCAUGCUAUAGCUUAUAACUCAAAGGCUAUCCCGGCUGAUAUGCUGGCAAGAUUAGCGGAUUCGUUACCGGAAAGUAACGGGGAUGCGGUGGAAGGAUUGAAUGUGCUUUUGAAUAAACUGGGGGUUAAAAGAGCAUUGAGGGAUUAUGGCAUGAAGGAGGAGGAUGUGGAUAAAGCGGCUGAGAUUGCAACUAGCAAUCCAUACUAUAAUCCAAGGGAGAUCAAGAAAGAUGAGAUACGUGAAGUGAUUCGACGAGCAGUUGUUGGAGAGGAAGCUAGAGCCGAUAUUUGA